AGAAGGAAGGAAGGAGGUGGAGAGGUGGAGGGAAAAAAGAAAAAACUUUUGGAGAACUCCCAGGCGCUUGCACAUUCUUUGCAGCAAGAAAGCCAGAUGUGAAGCGGAACAGAUGGAAGGGGAAAAGGGGGGAAUUCGUCCUAGGAAGGCUAGUUGGAGGGCCUUUGCUAACAAAGGAAGGAAAGAAGGAAAGGAGUGUGCCAUUUGGGAGGACAAACAACUUCAAAGAAGUAACUUCUCCUAGAGUAACUCCAUUUUUCCUGCGCAAGAAUGCUGAUCCUUUUGGCUUUUAUCAUCAUCUUCCACAUCACCUCUGCCGCCUUUCUCUUCAUCUCUACCAUCGACAGCGCCUGGUGGGUUGGAGAUGAUCUGUAUACAGACGUCUGGCAUCGCUGCUUCAAUGGAACAAACUGUACGACGCUCGACGACAGCUUUCCCGACUACCAGUCGAUCCAGGCCAUCCAGGCCACGAUGAUCCUGUCCACCAUCCUCUGCUGCUUGGCCUUUUUCGUCUUCAUCCUCCAGCUCUUCCGCCUAAAGCAAGGGGAGAGGUUUGUGCUGACCUCCAUCCUGCAACUCCUCUCCUGCCUUUGUGUGAUGAUUGCCGCUUCCAUCUACACCGACCGCCGGGAGGAGAUCCACAAGGGCAACCAUUACGACUUCUUCGAAGUGAAGGGCGGCCAGUAUGGCUAUUCCUACAUCUUGGCCUGGAUCGCCUUUGCCUUCACUUUCCUCAGCGGGAUCAUGUACCUAAUACUAAGGAAGCGCAAAUAAGAACAGACGCAGGUAGUUAAAGAACAACACAACACGACACGACACACAUAUAUGCAGUACUGGAAUCCCAGUCACUCUUUUGUAUAUAGUCAGAAAGUGGUUUUGUAGGAGAAGUUAUUGUUUUUAUUCCGAAGCGUCCCCGUCUCCCCUGAGCCUCAUCCUUGGAAUGAAAGGAGGACUAUUGGAAUAACAAAAUGGCGGGCAGAUUGGACACAUCCCACCCCUUUCCCCGCCUGGAAAAAGAGCAACCCAGCAACCCAAAAUAACCAUGGGCAGAAUGCACUACCCACAUUUGUAUGUCUUUUCCUCUUGUCCUGCGGCUUCCAAAGCGACUCUAUAGGCAUUAACAAAAGAGGGGAGAGGGGGGUUUGUGGAUAACCCUUGAAAUAAUAAAUUAUAGGUGGCAGAGUGCAAUAUAUGGAACUCAAGGAUUAUUAGGGAGGACCAUUGCAACCCAAGGGGAUUAUCUGGGUUCUCUCUUUUGACUUAGGAGUGGAGAGCCUUAGUCCUUAGGUCCAAAUGUGGCCCUCUUAGGGUUUCGUCUACUCUUUCCAUGACCCCAUAGACUCCUUGGAAGGGACCCCAAGGGUCAUCUAACUGAAGCCACUUCUGCCAUGCAGGGAUCCGCAACCAAAGCACUCCUGAGAGAUGCCCAUCCAACCUCUGUUGAAAGACCUCCAAAGAUGGAGAGCCCACCACCCUCCAAGGGAGUCCGCAGCUGGGGGAAAUAUCUUUUCUUUAAUUAAAAAACCCCAUAGUAAGUGUAGGGCAUACCUGGGUAUGACUCAAGGGUAAGGCAUGGUGUGUGUAGGGCAACUCUCACCUGCAGCAGGUAGAAGUAAGUCCUUUGGGCAGGUAAAGGCAAGCUCAGCUCCGGAGGGUAUGGGCUUCCUCUGUCAGGCAAACACUGCGCCCAUUUGCAUGACAAAUCCAGCUCUUGCUGCUCUUGGCUGGCAAAGGUUUUGCUUUGGAAAAACAGAAACAGAGCAGAGACUCCAAAAGACCAGAUUUUAAAUUGAAUUAGGAAAUGAAAAGAACAAGCAAGCUCAACCACAGAAUGCUUUUGCCUCCGAAGAGCUGCUGCCUCUUCCAAAAUGCCAAUUUCAGGCUGCUCACUCUCACAUAUUAAGAAUUUCCUAAAGAAGUUUUAAAUUUCCUAAAUUCUUAAUACAUGAGAACAAUGUUCCUCGGGCCGUUUGGUUCUGGCAAUAGCCCCCAGCCCAGCCCCAUGUGCUGCCAUUGUAUUUGUGACCACUGGCUACCAUUUAUGACCACUGGUUACCAUUGCCCCCCUCCCUUCCUAGAAACUAGCCAGGGACCAGCAUUGGCCCUUUUUUGAGGUCAGUGCCUUAGAAAAAGCAGUAUUUUGUACGCAGUCCAGUUGGUUUGCUGGUAGUUCUAUUACAGCUUUCCAAUCUGGGCCUGGAGAAAAAAUCUGUCCUAGAAACUGCAUGGUGGGUUUUGCAAAAUGAAUGAAAGGAGGUUUGGGGCUUGUUAGAAAUUCGGGUUGCAUGUAAGGUUGCCAGGUUUGGUCCAAGAGGAUAGUUCUCCCAACUGAGUUUCUAGAGGCAAGAAUUUUGAAAGGACAUCAGUGGUUGCUGUUGAGGCUGCAGUCCUAAACCACUUGCUGGGAACAGACCCUUGGCCUCAAUGGGCCUUCCUUCUUAAGAUCAGUAUCUAGAGUUUGCUAUGGUCAUCUUGUCUGGUUUUAAAAGAGCUUUUGGGUUUACCUUCAACCUGUGUGCAGCCCAGCUUCAUUUGUAUUUCAAUGAGGAGAACAUGCCAUUAGCAGAAGCCAAAUAGUGGCUGCCUUCCUCUGCAGUCUUUUGAGGUCUGAAAUGACAGGCCUUCAUUUUUGUUUUUGAAGGACCUCUUAGUCAAAAACACAAAGCAGCAGACACCUAAUCCUGCAGAUUACAUUAUAGAGAACACAGUCUUGGGUUUAAAAUGCACUGCAGAAAUAAUCCACUUUGAGUCUGCUUUAACUGCCCUGGGAGCCCUAGUUUAUUGUGGCACCUGAGCUCUCUGACAGCAAAGUCUCACAAAACUACAGCUCCCAGAGUUAUCUAACAUAGGGCCUGGGCCGUUAAAGCUGUUUCGAACUGGAUUAUUUCUGCAGUGUGCUUUGGACCUUGGUUCUCUCUAAGCCAGAAGAAAUGGGACUCUGGUCCUUUCUCCCUCCUUGUUGCAACCUUCAACCAGGGGUUGGCUCUCAAGAAACACUGGACUGCAACUCCCAGCAUUCUUCACUGGCCGGGGCUGUUGGGAGGGAUGGAGGACUCCAACGCCUAAAUUCAGCAAAACAGCCUCCCUGGAUUGUUUGGAUGCCCCUGCAUUAAAGAAGAGGGGCCUGAAGCAGCAUGCCUUGGCCGUUUUGUUCCAAUGCAAGCCCCCUUCCUUCCUUCCAUAGAUUCUUGACAGUCCCCCCACUUUCCUUGCUUCUGCCUGCCCCAGUUCUCUCAAGCCUACUUCGGUCGUAUUGCAGUCCUGCCCAGACAGGCUCUUUAGAGACAAAGCACCGCUGAUUCCCAGUUGCCAAGAAUGAAAAACCAUAGUCUUGAAUUUACAAAAAUCCCCACAUCUUUUAUUUGUACAUACAUAUAUAUUUACAUACUCCCAUUUGAGGCGCCCUUCAUGAAAACAAGCAAAUUGUAACUGAAACCAGUAAUCCUGCCAAAUCUUACUUUAAACAAAAUACAAGGAAACCAUCAGCCGGACAACCCUUUGUGUUUCCGCCCGGAAGAAGCGGACGUUGUCAGGACCUGCGCUUCCAUCCCAAGAGAACAGCUAGACAUCCUGGAUUGCUUUUUUAAAGAGGACGAUCUUUCUUUGAGGUUGCUCACUUUAACCCUACCGACGACCGUGCCUCUGUCCCUUUGUAUUUUAUAUACCCAUGGUGUAUAUGGAAAUAAAAGUUACAAAAACAUU